AUGUCCAUCACUGGCCCUCCUCCUGCUUGUCCUCAGUGCCCUCCUGGUUCUCCCCUCAUAACCCAGGAAUGUUCUCUUGUCUGCACCAAUUGCGGCCACGUCUUGGAGAAAGACCCAUCUUUUAUCGAUCCUGAACCUUCUAAUUUAACGCCUCAUUCCUCGCUUCUCAAGAGUUCUCGUUCCUCCUGGAACCUUGCCGGUCAGAACAAGGAAGUUACCCACAGAAGGAACAUCUAUCUGAUCAAUGAAUUUAUCAAGUCUCUCGCACACGCCUUUUCUGUCCCUGGCAUCGCACCCCGAGCUAUCACACUAUUCACCCAGGCCAUGAGUACGGGCCAAUUUAGUUGGGGAAACAAAGCCAAGGUCAUUGCUGGCGUCUGCCUUUCCAUAGCCCUCAGGGAGUCUCAUCGGCCAGAUUUUCUAGCCGACAUCAGCUCACUCGUUGAACAACGCCUUACUCAUAUGAAACGAUCCCUUGCAUCUGUUUUAUCUGUUCUUGGUAUCAUCCUCGUGCCCAGUGUGCCUCAGCAACACUUAACCACGUUGCAUUCCCAUCUGAUUUCCAUUCUCGAGUCUUCGCAACAAGAACAGGACCAACUUCCCUUUUCACUCGUCAGUGAGCUGAAACCCCUCUCAAUCCGUUCUGCUGAGGAAACGGCACGCUCUCUGACUGAUUUACUCGCCCGCGCUUCUUCGUAUUCGGACCCCCUUGGUUAUGCUGCAACCCCGACCGCUUGUGCGGUCUUCAUACUCUCCCUCGAAGCAGAAGCGCGAGCAACGCUUUCAAACCUGAGUCAUCUUGCUGCCUGUUUUGCUGCACGAUUUAACAUUGGCAAGGGUAUCGUUAUGCGAUGCUAUAAAUCCCUGCAAGAUGAGCUGGUUAGGUGGUCGGAAGAACUGAAUUGGCUUGACGCCUACGACUCCAAACGGGGCCGAGCUAAAGUCGCGAAGAGGCUCCUGGUUGCUCGGGCGUUGAAAGACCUCAUUACAUGGAAGGACGAUAUUUGGAGACAAAAGAUUACAGUUUCUGGGUGUCUCGCCAUUGCCGAGUGCAGCAAAUACAAUGAUGACUCUGAAACUCCUCUCGUAGAAAAAUCAGAAAAAUCUCUUGAGGAAGGUCCCUCCAGGAAACGAAGGAAACUCAACCAUACUAUCGGUGAUGCAGCCCAUUUUCUCGUUGAUCCGCUCAUUGGCCCUAUACCCCACAUUUUGAAUUUCCACUCUACUCCCACUGAUUCGCCCGAACCUCAGGAUACCUUUCAUCCUAAGCCCGAACAAGGCCGGAAGAUUCCAGACGUCCUUCAUCAACUUCCCUUGACUCAUUGGCUCCUCGCAUCAUCCGCUCCCAUCCAUUCAGUGCGGCGAUUACCCUCACGCUUACAGCUGCUUGCCGUAGCCCGCGGAGGCUCGAGCUCAGAGGAGAUUACAGACUCGGAGCUCCUUACUGACGACGAAUGGGAAACAAUACGGCGAACAUCUCCCGAAAUAGAAGAACUUCUGGAACAAUGGCGACUGGACGGAACGUUGGAGCACAUACAAGCGGAGCCCCACAAAUCUCGUAAAUCCAAGGGCGUGGCGGAACCGAACGUCGGAGGAAAGGAAACAAAAUCGAAGAGAAUAAAUUUCGAUGCAUUCGAACAAUUCAUGGGUUGUGAGGAAGAGAAUCCACAGUUGUCGGCGUUUAUGGGAAUUGAGUCUGUAGAGCAUCUCGAAUGGGUGAAUUUUGCGGAUGUAGAUGAUGAGGUUCUGCAUCCUGAGUCUACUAAUGUUUCUAUCCUUCGCAAUACAGCCGAAGGCGAAGUGAUAGACGACUGGCAUCCGAUGUCUCCUAUUGGUGGAUACGCGUCUGAUAGAGAUUGCGAUUGAGUGGCAAAGGUGCUGGUUUUUCCUUGCUUUUGGACUCAUCAAAGUCCAUUUGCCCAGUCGAUAGUCUCAAGCAUGUAAGUACGACUGUUAGAGAUGAACGGGCUUAUUGUUCUUUUUCUCCCCUCGGAUGUGAUGGAAAGUCAUGAAGGUUUCUCCCGUU